UCUCGAUCCCGACCGUCCGUAAAGCGUGCAUCCCGAUCCCGACCGUCCGUGAACGCAGCACGGCGUCCAAGCAAACAUGGCGGCGGCCCUUCUCUGCAGAGCGACCCAAGCCGUGGGCCUGCGCGGAUGGCGCGGCCUAUCUCAGCUCGCGGAGCUUCCGGAAACCCAUGACAUGCUGCGGCGGACGUGCCGCGACUUUGCCGAGCGGGAGCUGAUGCCCAUCGCCGCCCGGCUGGACAAAGAGCAGACGUACCCGGCGCGGCAGAUUCUGGAGCUGGGCGCCAUGGGCGUGAUGGCCAUGGAGGUCCCCGAGGAGCUGGGCGGCGCCGGCAUGGACUACCUGGCGUACAGCGUGGCCACGGAGGAAAUCAGCCGCGGCUGCGCCAGCACCGGCGUGGUCGUCUCCGUCAACAACUCUCUCUACUUGGGCCCGAUCCUGAAGUUUGGUUCUGAGGAGCAGAAGCAGAAGUGGAUCGCUCCUUUCACCGAUGGCCAUCGGGUGGGCUGCUUCGCCCUCAGCGAGCCAGGCAACGGCAGCGACGCGGGCGCCGCAUCCACGCUGGCGCAUCAAGACGGCGACCAUUGGGUUCUGAACGGCACCAAAGCGUGGAUCACCAACAGCUGGGACGCCGCCGCCGCCAUCGUCUUUGCCACCACCGACAGAAAGCUGAAGCACAAGGGCAUCAGUGCCUUCCUGGUGCCCGUGCCCCACCCGGGCCUGUCGCUGGGCAAAAAGGAGGACAAGCUGGGCAUCAAGGCGUCGUCCACCGCCAACAUCAUUCUGGAGGACUGCAGGAUCCCGCCGGCCAACAUGCUGGGCCCCCGCGGCGCCGGAUUCAAGAUAGCCAUGCAAACUCUGGACAGCGGGCGCAUCGGAAUCGCCGCUCAGGCGCUGGGCAUCGCUCAGGCCUCGCUGGACUGCGCCGCCGAUUACGCGCACAAGCGCCUCGCCUUUGGCGCCCCCAUCGGGAGGCUGCAGGCUAUACAGUUCAAGCUGGCCGACAUGGCGCUGGCCAUCGAGAGCGCUCGCCUGCUGACGUGGAAAGCGGCCCUGCUGCGCGACGCCGGGCGACCUUUCACCAAGGAAGCCGCCAUGGCCAAACUGGCCGCCUCCGAGGCCGCCACCUUCUGCUCCCAUCAGGCCAUCCAGGUCCUGGGCGGGAUGGGCUAUGUGACGGACAUGCCCGCCGAGCGCCACUACCGCGACGCUCGUAUUACCGAGAUCUAUGAGGGCACCAGCGAGAUCCAGAGGCUGGUCAUCGCAGGACAGCUACUCAAGGACUAUGCCUAAGGCUAGACCUCAACACACGGACACGCAUGCAAAAAAGACUCCACCAUCCAUCCAGUGCGCCAGCCACACCUGCAGACGCAGGAAAUGUCCAGCAGAUGGCAGCAGGACGCAACAAACGGCGUUGAACACGUCAGAACGCCAAGGAGUGAAACUAAAACCCGUGUGAAAACAAAAGUACGUCUAUGAGUUUAAAAAGGUAUGUUGAUGUCUA